AUGGGCUACAAGUUUCACUUUUACCGGCUUGUGUUGGUGUUGUUUGUGUUCUCUGUGAACGAGGCUUCAAGCUCGUUUUUUAAGAUUACGGCACCCAUCGGGUACAAAGAGGGCGAUGAGGUCCCUGUUUUGGUGAACUCUCUAACCUCCAGUAAAGGUGUGGUGCCAUACGAUUUCUAUAAGAUGAAAGCAUGCAAACCUGCAGCACAUGUUCUGAAGGAAGGAUCCGGAAAGGAGAACUUAGGGGAGCUUCUUCUCGGGAACCACGUUUUGCCUUCGCUGUACUCCGUUAACGUCCUGAGGAACGUAACUUGCCAGCCUCUGUGUAUUGUCAGUUACACCGAAGGUGACAAGAAGGACCUUGAUAAUCUCAUUACUCAGAGUUACCGCGGUCAUAUGUUUCUUGCUGGCCUACCACUUGUGGAAAGGAUUGAAAAAGGAACGACCGAGAAGUUACGACUCGGGUACCGGCUUGGCGUACAUGUAAAGGGUGACGAAAAGUUGAAGGAGGAAGGGGCUGCCGGUGACAAGUGUUUGAUAAACAACCAUAUCCAUUUUACCAUAACUUACGCCGUCCUUCCCAACGGGGAAUAUAUGUUGACGGGAUUCUACGCGAAACCAAAAACACUAAACAGCCCCACGGGGUGCCCCCCGGACGGUGCCUCCGUAGACGAGUGGCCCGAUCCUGCAUCUACAGGGGCCACCAACGUGGCGUAUUCGUAUUCAGUAACAUGGGAGCAGGAUAGUAGUGAAGGUGUGUUUGUGACACGGUGGGACGUCUACUGGCGUCUGGGAGGGGCCCAGCGGAAGAAAGCCCACUUGACAGCACUGUUCAAUUCUAUGCUUCUCCUCGGGUUCCUGGGUGUGCUCGUUAUGAUCGUUUUGUUGCGUAUUGUUCGUAGAGACCUUCUUAUGCAGAACGAUAUGCUUGUGAGUGGUGACGUUCAGGAAGAGUCUGGAUGGAAGCUUGUACGCGGCGAUGUCUUUAGAGCACCGUCGAGGCCCCUCGUCCUGACGGGGCUUGUUUCUUCGGGAUGUCAGAUGGUGGCUGUGGUGGUCCUGACGGUGAUUUCAUCGACCGUUAGAAAGUAUCAACCCUGGCACAGCGGUAACCUGCUGACAAAUCUGAUAAUAUUCUUCUGUUGUUCAAGCUGCGUCUCCGGAUAUGUGGCGGGGAAAAUGCUGGUGUUUUUCCAAAUCAGGACAUGGAAGAACGGCAUUGCCGCUGUGACUAUGGUUCCAUUAUCCCUGUUGUUGGGGUACCUUGCCGGGAACAUGAUCAGUUGGUCAAAGCACGGGAGCACUGCUGUCUCUCUGCCGGUUCUUCUUACUCUCUUCUUUCUCUGGGUUGCGGUCCCCGUACCAUUAUCGCUUAUUGGCCUAUCAGCUGGGUUUAGGGCGUCUGCAUUUGUGUUGCCGACCAAAGUGGGCAGUAUUCCGCGUGCGAUUUCCCAACAAAGCGUGAGGAGGCGCUACAUGUUCAUCUUGGGUGGCGGUAUUGUUUCCUUCACUGCAGCGUUUAUGGAGGUCAUUUGCGUCUUGGGUUCCUUCUGGAAGGGUCAACCCUUCCUCUAUGUUGGCUAUCUUUUUGGUGUGUCCUUUAUCAUUUCCGCUGUUUGUGCGGAGGUUGCGGUUGUGGUGACGUAUGCCAUGCUUUCUGAGGAAGAUUAUGAGUGGUGGUGGGGAAGCUUUUGUACAUCCGGAAGCUGCGGCGUGUACUUUUUUCUUUAUAGUGUUGUGUAUCUCUACGGAGCGCUGGAAAUUCGUCAGCCACUUUCUGUGAUCCUUUUUUUGGUGUACACCUUUGAGGUUUCGGUGUUCAUUGCCGUUUUCUUGGGCACGAUGGGGUUUGUCGCAUCGGCUGUGUUUGUGAGAACUAUUUACAACUCCAUAAAAGCUGACUAA